CUUGCUCUCAGUCGCGCCGUCCGUCUCUCGGGUGAUUCUAGCCAGGAAGGACACGUUCAUUCGUUUCCCCACAUUCGGACAGUAACACCACCCGUCCAGUUGCCUUUGUGCAACAACCCAAUAAGCAGAAAAUGUUCUGUCUUCGGAGUUGGCUCCCACUGCUCUUCAUACCGACCAAUGCGUCGCCCGCCUUCAUUCUCGUCUUCUUCAUCUGCACAUACUUCCUCAACCGACCAUGCAUCUACUGCUCCUUUCUGCUCGUCAUUCUCUUCCUGACGUCGUGUAACUGGUCCGACCGGUGCUUCUUCGAUGUCAGCAGCAACUGGUUCCAACCCAAGGAGCCAAACUCGACUACGACACAUAUCUACGCCCCUACGAAUAACGGCACCGGUACCACAGCCAUGGCGGAAAGGCCCAACAGUACGGCGGCGUUGGCUCUCGACAUGUUCAACACAACGGUCGGCACGCUGGCGACGGCCGCGAUGGACAAGGCGGCCAGGACGAGGGUGGAGUGGACGGGAUUGGGACUGGAGUGGUUGAGGAGUUUGCUGGGGAGGAGGGAGUGGCGGAUCGACUGCUUGGACCUCUAUAUCAGACUAUAGGAUGAUCU